GCGGCAACAAACUGAUGGCGAUGCUCUCCGGUAUUCUAUUGGUGCGGUGUUAAUGGGCACAAUCCUGGAUGCCUCCUCCGCAUGACACGAGCAAUCUCAACAGUUUAAUGCGUUAUGGUUCCUGACAUUUUGUUAUUUCGCUAUUGGCACAGAAACCAGUUUUCACCGAGCGGUACCAUACUGACUUGUUCGAAGGUAUCGAGUUAGUUUUGCACAGGGAAUAAUUGGGUUCGGCCGGCCCAACCUCUAGUGGCUAGGGUAAUAGUCCUGCAGAGUUCGUUCUCUGCGGCAUCAAUUCUCCUAUUGGUUGAGACCUACAACGCUUCACUGAUGCUUCGGGUCUUGGUCCCUGCACGAAGUCUAGACUGCAUCGAUAUUGCUUUUCUGUGCCAGUUCGCUCUGGCCACAAACCUCUAAAAUCUGCCCCUAUUGUUGCUUCACAACUCUAGGGUUCCUGGAAAAGAGGGAGAUUACCCCCCAUAUGCGUCGGUGUCAUCAAGUCAAUCAUUCAAAUCGAUGCGCCGCGGGUAUGGGGAUUGGUGUGCACUGCUUGAGAAAACUUCUCCUUGUUCAAUAGUGGAUGCGGUGGUUAUUGGUGCUCUACAUUUCUUAUUUCUUUCCGGGGGUUAUUUUGGGACACGGGGGGGGAUUUGCCUGCAGUGUAGAAGGGUCAUUCUGCUCGGCGACACUGUCACCCUUCCACGGCUACUUCUACGACCUAGCCUAACGAUAAACGCUAACAGAAUACUUAAAUUAAACCCUCACUGAUGAAGUUCAUGUAGAUUUAAAAAUAAAAUUAUGAUAAUACUU